CGCAAAUUAUUAUUAAAUAAUAUUUUAAUCAAUUACCAGGAAAUAGAAUCUGAUAUUGAUUCUUUAAUAAAGAAGCACAAAGCUGAAGUUAAUCAUAAAAAUCAAAAUGGCAAAACAGCUUUACAUUGGGCUGCAAAAAGCGGUCUUGCAACUAUUGCUGAAAUUCUGAUAAAAAACAGUGCUCAAGUUGAUGCUGUCGAUAAUCAUAACAAUACAUCUUUAUUAUUUGCAGCAGAAACAGGUCAUAAAAAGGUUAUUGAUGUUUUAAUAAUCCAUAACGCUAAUAUUAAUCAUGCCAAUGAUAAAGAUGAAACAGCUUUACACAAGGCUGCAUAUCAUGGUCAUCAACAAAUCGUUCAGAUUUUGCUUGAAAAAAAGGCUAAAAUUAAAGAUGUCAGCAAAGAUGGUUGGACAUCAUUACACUUUGCUGCUGCUGCAGGACAUAUAGGAGUAAUUAAAAUUUUGCUAGAACAUGAACGUGAUAUUAUUAGUGUUAAGGAUUAUAAUAGUAAAAUAGCAUUAUACUUGGCUGCGGAGAAUAAUCAUAUAAAUAUAGUCGAAUAUUUACUGGAAAUAGAAGCUAGCACUGAUAAAGAUUUUAACAAACAAUAUUUCAAUUAUAUUUAUUUUUCUGCUAAGAAAAAAUACGAUGUUGUUGUUGAUAAGUUAUUAUUAAGUGAAGAAACUGACAAUCAUAUUAUAUUACAUCAUACUGCAGAAAAAGAGGAUAUUGAAAUUAUUAAAUUUUUGCUAGAACGUGGGGCAAAUUUCGAUAAUAUUAUUGAUAAGAGUUACAGGACACCACUUCACUGGGCCGCAUUUGUAGGUGACAAAGAAAUGGUAAAAUACUUAGCAGAAAAAAAUCCCAAGUUGAUUAAUGCCAUUGACCAAAGUAAUGAAACAGCAUUGUAUGAAGCCGUGGUGAAUGGGCAUACAGAAAUUGUAGAACUUUUACUAGAUCAAGAUGCAAACAUUAAUUUUAAAAAUAAAAAUGGUUGGAAACCACUACAUAUAGCUGCAAUUUCUUGUCAAGUUGAUGUUUUUAAACUUUUAAAAAGCAAAGAAUCUAAUUUAAUAAUUGAUAUAAAUGGUUAUUUUAAAAUGAUAAUAAAUCAUAUUGAAUUCUUGAAAGAUGAAGAAAGACAACAUAAAGCACAUGAAUAUAAAGAAGAAAUUAGGAUGAAGGUUGAGGAGGCUUAUAAGACCACAAAAAUAUUAAUAGAAAAAGCAGAAGAAAACGAGUCAACUUUAGAAAAAAGGCAGAGUGAAUUAAAGAAUAAAUUAGUAUUAAGACAAAUAUUAGGAAUCUUAAAAAUUAUAGGCCAAACAAUAAGUGUUGCGGGUGGUCCUAUUGGAGUAGCUGGUGAUGCAAUAAAAGGAGGAGUCAAUAUAGCCGAAGCAUUUAUUUUAGAAAAAAAUAAUAGUGAGCCAAAUUUCAAAAUUUCAGCAGAUAUAAGAGAUUCGUUAAACAACAUGAAAAAAGUGGUUGAGGAUAAAGAAAUUAAAAAAGAUGAAAUAAAAUUGCAGAACAACAAUUAA